CCUUCUGCAGACACUGUGACUGAUGAGAGUUAAAGGCCAUGGAUGAAGAUGGGCUUGAAUUGCAGCCACAUGAGCCAAAUGCAUUUUUUGAUCCAACAGGAGCUGAUGCAGGACAUAUGGAUGGAGAUCAAAUUGUUGUGGAAGUACAGGAAACAGUAUUUGUUUCAGAUGUAGUCGACUCAGAUAUAACCGUGCAUAAUUUUGUUCCUGAUGAUCCAGAUUCUGUAGUAAUCCAAGAUGUCAUUGAGGAUGUUGUUAUUGAGGAUGUUCAGUGCCCAGAUAUCAUGGAGGAGCCAGACGUUUCUGAAACUGUCAUUAUUCCUGAACAAGUGCUGGACACAGACGUAGCUGAAGAGGUUUCUUUGGCUCAUUGCACUGUCCCAGAUGAUGUUUUAGCUUCUGACAUAACAGCAGAAGCAAUGUCUAUACCAGAACAUGUACUGACAAGUGAGUCAAUGCAUGUACCUGAAGUUGGACAUGUAGAACAUGUAGUUCACGAUAACGUUGAAGAAGCAGAUAUUGUCACUGAUACUCUGGGAACAGAUGUUGUUUCUGAAGAAGUCUUAGUGGCAGACUGUGCAUCAGAGGCAGUGAUUGAUGCCAAUGGAAUCCCUGUGGAACAUCAAGAGGAGAAGGGCAACUGUGAAGAUUACCUUAUGAUUUCCUUGGAUGAUGCUGGUAAGAUAGAACACGAAGGUUCUGCUGAAAUUACCAUGGAAGCAGAGUCAGAAAGUGGCUCGUGUAAAGUGGAUGGCAUUUGUCCAGAAGUCAUCAAGGUCUAUAUAUUCAAAGCAGAUCCUGGAGAAGAUGAUUUAGGGGGCACAGUAGACAUUGUCGAGAGCGAGCCAGAGAAUGACCACGCAGUUGGAUUACUUGAUCAAAAUAGCAGUAUUCGUAUUCCAAGGGAGAAAAUGGUUUACAUGACUGUAAAUGAUUCUCAGCAUGAAGAUGAAGACUUAAAUGUUGCAGAAAUAGCUGAUGAGGUUUAUAUGGAAGUGAUUGUAGGAGAGGAGGAUGCAGCAGUGGCCCAUGAACAGCAGAUUGAUGACACUGAAAUUAAAACUUUCAUGCCCAUAGCUUGGGCAGCAGCUUAUGGUAAUAAUAAUGAUGGCAUUGAAAGUCGGAAUGGCACUGCAAGUGCUCUUUUGCACAUAGAUGAGUCUGCUGGACUUGGGAGACUGGCUAAGCAAAAACCAAAGAAAAAAAGGAGACCUGAGUCUAGGCAGUAUCAAACAGCAAUAAUCAUUGGCCCUGAUGGUCAUCCAUUGACAGUCUACCCCUGCAUGAUUUGUGGAAAGAAAUUUAAAUCUAGAGGUUUCUUGAAAAGGCACAUGAAAAACCACCCAGAGCACCUUCUUACUAAGAAGAAAUACAGAUGCACAGACUGUGAUUACACUACGAAUAAAAAAAUAAGUUUACAUAACCACUUGGAGAGUCAUAAGCUGACCAACAAAACAGAAAAGCUUAUUGAGUGUGAUGAGUGUGGGAAAAGCUUCUCUCAUGCAGGAACUUUAUUUACUCACAAGAUGGUGCACAGGGACAAAGGAGUUAACAAAAUGCACAAGUGCAAAUUCUGCGAUUAUGAGACAGCAGAACAAGGAUUACUGAGUCAUCACCUUUUAGCUGUCCACAGCAAGAACUUUCCUCAUAUUUGUGUGGAGUGUGGCAAAGGAUUUCGCCAUCCAUCGGAGCUCAAGAAGCACAUGCGAAUCCACACUGGUGAAAAACCGUACCAGUGCCAAUAUUGCGAAUACCGAUCUGCCGACUCUUCCAAUUUGAAAACUCACGUAAAGACUAAACACAGUAAGGAAACACCAUUCAAAUGUGAUAUUUGUUUCCAGACUUUUUCAGAUACCAAAGAGCUACAGCAGCAUACGCUUAUGCAUCAAGAAAGUAAAACACAUCAGUGUUUGCAUUGUGACCACAAGAGCUCAAACUCGAGUGAUCUGAAACGACACAUAAUUUCAGUCCACACAAAAGACUAUCCUCAUAAGUGUGAUAUGUGUGAUAAAGGCUUUCAUAGGCCUUCGGAACUGAAAAAACAUGUGGCGGCUCACAAGGGUAAAAAAUUGCACCAAUGCAGACAUUGUGACUUUAAGAUUGCAGACCCUUUCAUUCUGAGUCGCCACAUACUCUCAGUUCACACAAAGGAUCUUCCGUUCAGGUGCAAGAGAUGUAGAAAGGGCUUUAGGCAACAAAACGAGCUGAAAAAACACAUGAAAACACACAGUGGCAGGAAAGUUUAUCAAUGUGAGUACUGUGAGUAUAGCACUACAGACGCCUCAGGCUUCAAACGGCAUGUUAUUUCCAUUCAUACAAAAGACUACCCUCACCGUUGUGAGUAUUGCAAGAAAGGGUUCCGAAGGCCUUCAGAGAAGAACCAGCACAUUAUGCGGCAUCAUAAAGAUGUUGGUCUGCCUUAAAGUCUCUUUCACAGACUUACGGCUGGAAUUAUAAAGGAAUUUUGCCUUUCGGGCAGUUAGCUUAUUUUAAAGCCAAUCACUUGCGAUCACACACACACAAAAAAAAAAACAACAAAAAAAACAUACUGUGCAUUUGAUUUGUUGCUGUAUAAAAAUAGGAUUAUUGCUUCUAGUUGACUUUUAUACCUUUUGUUCAAUAGCGUGUUCUGAAUUCUAUUCAGUUUGUUUAAUAAAUGAAGAAAAGAUGGCAACAAUAAAGUUGCAUUUAAUAAAGUAAACUCUGUCUCUUACUGAAUUUUUCAACCGUAAUAGUUUAUUUAAGUAUAUUUAUCUUACUGACCUCGUUAAUACUCACAGUGUCCAUGUUAAUGCAUCUUUGUCGUGAAUUUUAAAAAGAUUAAAUUUCUCUUGAUAAAAUUGUCAGAGAUGUGCAUAAAAUGGGGAAUUGUGAUGUUGAAGAUGAAGUCGGUAGGGCUCACCUGAUUGUCUUGUUUUGACUAUACAGACUUUGUGGCAGGUUAACUAUUGUCCGUUUGAGGAGUUACACGUCUAACUUUAUUGCAGAGAACUAUUCUGCGUUUUAAUUCAGGUUUCAGAGGAAAAUUUUUAAAAAGUGGUUUGGGGCAUUUGUUACCUCUGUUUGGCAAAUUCUAAAGUACGCUCAAAUGUUAUGUUGUUGUUCUGUGCUUCUUUGUCUUUGAAAGGUUUUGCGUCUUACAAAUGAGUUGGGUUUUUUUCAAUUUACUGCUGUCUUAAUGUUGGAACGUAAAAUACUGUUGUUCCAUUUGCAGAGUUAAUAGAUCACAACUGUCUGUACGUGCUGGUAAACGUACUUCAAACCUACUGCUUUUAUGUAUAUUAGUGUUUCUUUGAAAGAACAGUUUGUGUUUGAGUCAUGUUUUUAUUGUGAGUUGUUUUAGAAUAAAAUUU